AUGUCCGACGAGUAUCAACAUGUAAGCAAGAGCAAACUAAAGCUAAAAAAUGAUUCCGACGCAAAGAAAAAACACAAGAAAAAAGAUAAGAAAAAGGAUAAGGAAAAGAUUAUGCGAGCCGUGCUCGAAGAUCCUGACCAAGGGGCGAAGGAUCGCAAGCGGCAGCAGCAGCAGCAGGAUGCACAGGCUGGUAGCACAUCCGUAGCAGGAGGCCGCACACUAACGAAAGCGGAGGAAUCGUUUAAAAAGAUGCAGGAGAAAAUGCAAAACAAACGGAUUGUGGAGAAGGCUCAGAUGACGCACAAGCAGCGCGUAGAACUGUUCAAUAUGCAUCUCGACAGCUUGACGGAACACUUCGACAUACCCAAAGUGUCGUGGACGAAAUAGUUUGCCCGUU